CCUCUCUUUGUUGCACUUUCUGACCUCUGGAACAGCUUUCAGGAUGAGGUACUACUGCUAAACUUCCUCACCAGUAUGACUAACAAUCUGCAACAGUUCUCGGAAAUCCAAUCACAGCUUUUUCCUGAGGAACUGCUGACGUCUCUUCUGGAAGGAGUGACUGUGAAAACUGAUGAGGAAAGGAUAAAAGAAACCAUAGGAACCAGAGUGAAUGUUUCAGACUUCAAGCACCACGAAUGGCUUUUUCCAGAGACUACUCGUAAUUUUGAUCAGUUGCUAAUCCAGUACCAUAGUUUCUGUGCAUAUGCAAUUGGUGUGAAAGGCCUCACCCUCCCAGGAAAUCCUGCUAUUGGAAUUUUGAAGCACAAGCAGAGAUGCUAUGUUUUCAGUUCCAAAGAAGCUGCAUACAUCUUUGCUCAGGAUCCAGAUAAGUACAUUCAGCUGAUUCUGGAAAAAGCAAAAGAGCACGCAGAGCUGAUUCAACUGCUGGAGCUUCGCCAUCAGUUUGAAUACCUCAUUCCCUGUGCACAGGCCAGAAAUGCAGACAAAUGUUUCAUGAAACCAACCACAAAAUGUGACAGUAAUACUCAAACUGAUACUCACAUCUUGCCUCCAACUAUUGUGACAUCCUACGAAUGGAAUGAAUGGGAACUGAGAAGAAAAGCUAUAAAAUUGGUCAAUUUGCGCCGCAAAUUAACUCAUGCCCUGCAGACGGAUCUCAGCCAUAUGAGAAGAGAGAACGCCACCCAGGUGUACUUGCCGAAAGACGCUAGCACCCAGACCAAGCGUGACAAUGCAAGCAACGUACCCAGACCGCAGACUUUCUUGGAGGGGCUCCGAGGAGCAUCAUCUCCCACCACUCACAUGGUCAAAGUAGACUUAACAAGAGCAGUAGAUGAAAACUAA